CACGGGGGACCUUUGUGUUUUCCAAUGGAUCUGCCACGUGAUCGAGUCUUUAGCACCGUACGCCCCACCACGAUGCCUCCAAGGAUCUGCAGAUCCGUCUGACAGGCUGGGCUGUGAAUGGGCGGCGCCGUUCAAUGCCAGGAGGAGCAGGAGAGCCAUCUUCGCUCCCGAGCUGCUGGUAUCCGAGAAUCAGCGGCCACCGUUUCCACGUCGCAUCGGAAAGGUGUGGAGGUCGAGCAACGCGGAGGACGGCCACAGGUUCACGCUGUCCGCGUCGGGCAGCAUCGAGGACCCCACCCGGACGUUCUCCAUCGACGCGACGUCGGGCGACGUCUACGUGCUCCGAGCCCUCGACCGCGAGCGCAACGCCACCCACCAGCUGACGGUGUCGGUGAUGAACCGCUCGGGCGUCGAGGUGGAGGGUCCCACCGUGAUGCUCGUCCACGUGCUCGACCAGAACGACAACCGCCCGCGCUUCCAGCACGAGCCCUUCCAUGCGCAGCUGCCCGAGCACGCGCCCCGCGGUCACCACGUGAUCCACGUGGAGGCGGAUGACCCGGACAACCCGGAGACGGGGAACGCGGAGCUUCGCUACUCGCUGGGGCCUCCGCGCCCGCCGCCCGCCAAUCGCUCGGCCGUCAGCUUCGCCAUCGACCCCCUCCGUGGCGACAUCACCACAACCUCUGACCCGCAGCUGCUCGACCGCGAGGCGCUGGCCACGCUCACCUACGAGCUGGUGGUGAGCGUGUCGGACAUGGCCGGCGGCGACUCGGGCCUGGUGAGGAGCAGCACGGUCACCGUCACCAUCGCCGACAUCAACGACAACCCACCCGUCUUCCACCCCACCACGCGGAGGCGACCGAACGACGCGCCGUCGCUGGCCACCGCUGUGCCGGACUCCCCCGCCCUGCGCCGCUGGCGUGCGCUGGUGCUCUCGGACGCGCGUCUCUUCGCCGCCAUGUGCUCGGAGCUGCGCGUGGUGCCCGACGUGUGGGCCCUUCACGAGUGGAGCGACUGGCUGACGCCCGUGCCGCUGGCGCCGGCGGCGCCGGGCGCCUCGCCGCCGCGCCGAUUCGACGCCGUCUUCUUCCUCUGCUGCCUGGCCGAGGCGCCGGCGGCUUCGCACGACGACCACGAGACGGUCGGCGCGCAGUGGGUGCGCCCGCCGGAGCUGCUGUCCCAGCACGAGGCGGGCGCCCUGUGGCUGGCGCCGCCGCAGCAAUACGAGGUGGCGCGCCUGUGCCGCGUGCCGGCGCUGCUCACGCUCGCCGACUUCGCCCGCCGCCGGGCCGCGCUGGGGAUGCACCGCUGGAUGCCGGUGCGGGUCCCUGAUCCGGCGGGAGGAGGAGGUUUGGUGGGGGUGCUGCCCGGAGAUGAGCUGUACCCAGCGGAACCGGACGAGAUUGGCGGCGACCACGGCGGUGGCGCCGUGGUCCGACCAUCCGCGGCGCCGGCAUCGUCGCCGCCGCGGCCGGGCACCGCACCGCGCCUGCACCGCACCACGACGGCGCGGGGCCGCGCCGGGGUGCUGCUCACCGUGGCGCCCGAGUUUGGCCACCUGGCUCCGUUCGUCAGGGAAGACGACGCGGAGGAGAAGGAGGAGGAGGAUAAGACGAAGAAGAAGCCAGAGUCGGGGAUUGAGAGCCGACUGUGAGCGCCGUGUCGCUCCGCCUGACGGCGACACGCAUCGUCGUUGCCCUCCGUGCGGAUUGACGACGGCGGAUUCAAGGUGGAGUUGUAGAUGUUGCUGUCCACUCGGUUGCCUGUUUGGAAGCAGAGCGGAUCUCGCCCGUUCCUCCUUUGAAGGAGGAAAGGCGGCGGCGGCGGCAUCGGCGACGACGACGACGCUGGAGUGUUUCACGACGACGUGCGGCCGAUUCGACUUUGGGAUCCGUUGCCGCGCCCGCUCGCAGGGCCGCCAAGCCUUUAGCGCACACGGAUGGCACGGACGAUCACGGGGGGUGGAGGGGGGGGGGCCUUUUUGGGUCACCUCGACCCGCUUGCAUCAAAUUAAUUGCAAAUGAUGCAACGGCUGACGGCGGUGUCUUGGACAGAGGGACGGGGGGGUGGGGCGGGGCUGGAAUGGGUGGUGGCGCAACGGUGACUUUCGUGGUCUCGCCGCGAGAAAGGGGGCCCCGGUCAGCGUUUGAUUUCAGACUCGGGCGAGUUUCUGCGGUGGGGAGUGUGUGUGUGUGUGUGCGUUGUGGUUAGCGCGCUGCGCUACGGACCCCGCAGAGAGCCCAGUUCGAUUCCCUGCUCGCGGUCAACACCGGCGACGAAAAUCUGAACCGGACCUGGGCCUCCCCUCGGUCGACUCGGCCUAAAAAAAUUAGUAACUGGUGCGGUGUGUGGAAACGUCGCCACGGGGGAGACAAAGGCGGCCAGGCUUGGUGUUGGCCACCGACCCCCUCGUGCGCCGUGCCAGCCUUCACAGAUGCUCGUUUUUAACAGCACUUGGGCGGUCUUUGUCUUCUGUGUACAUGGGUCACGCCACCCGGACGAAACCUCCCCUUCGUGUCGAAUGGCGGCUGCUGCUGCUGCUGCUGCUGCCGCCGCCACCACCGCUGCUGUUGCCGCCACCACCGCCGCUGCUGCUGCUGCCGCCACCACCGCCGCUGUUGCCGCCACCACCGCUGCUGCCGUGACCACUGCCGCUGCUGCUGCUGCUACCGCCGUGAGCUAAGAGGCUCUUCAUCAAGGAGCCGCCCUACAGAGGCGUGGCGCCCGCCACCUUGCGGAAGGGAGCGGGCACCCCCUCACCCCCUACCCCCCCCCACCUCCCCCUACCCCUCACCCCCCCACCACUCCCUACCCCUCACCCCCCCCCACCUCCCCCUACCCCUCACCCCCCCUCCACCUCCUACCCCUCAUCCCCCCACCACUCCCUACCCCUCACCCCCCCACCCCUCACCCCCGUCGCGUGGAAUGGGGAAUUCCUCUUCCUCGACAAGAACAAAAAGACCUCGAGUCCAAGCACUUCAAAGAGGGGACCUCGGUGUGACUUGGCAUCUCUUGAACGACUGUUGUGCAUUUCCUAAGAACACACAAGAAUUUGGGUGUUUUACCCUUUCUGGCAAUAAAGCAGGAGUUUUUGUUAAGACGUUCAAACACCAAAUUGAUGCUUUUUGUAAAGGAAUCAAGUUUCUGCAUCAACCACGCAGCACUUUUGCUAAACAUGCAAACUAACAUGCUCUGAUAAUGUACGCGUUGAUUUGAAGCUUUCGUGACUGCAGGAAUCCAUACUCUUUGGUUCUUUCAGUAAAGUCACGUAGGUAUAAAAUAAAUCACGACGUUUCGGGCGCAACACAAGCGUCCGUCACCAGGUGGGAAAGCAUGUGAGCGCUUAGCAUGUUAAUGUGAAAUCAAAUAGUGGUGCUAAGCUCUCACAUUAACAUCAUGCUAAUCUCUCACUUUAACAUAGGCUCGUUGAGGAGACCGCUCUCCUAUCUUACAGUUACACGCUAAUUUCUCACAUUAACAUCACCAGCCCCGGCCACUUCUUGAUGACCCUUGGGCUACACCCGUUUAAAACUUUUUUUAAAACAGUCUGCAUCAGCAGCAGACCAUGCUUUCCCACCUGUUGACGGACGCUUGUGUUGCGCCCGAAACGUCGUGAUUUAUUUUAUUUUCUACCUACGUGACUUUAGCGAAAGAACCAAAGAGAAUGUACGUGUUGUCUUUGGCACUGAUUGGCCUACACCACCAGAGAACAACAUCAAAAGGCGAACAGCACAAAGACAAUGCCCCACGUAUCGGAGCAUUUGUGGCAGCUUUAUCACGGGAUACCUUUUUGCCAGGAUCAAAGUAGGAAGUAAGUAAUAUUUAAAAGAAAUUCAAACACGCUUUAAUGAAAUGUACUGUACGAGUAAUGGCAGAACUCCAGGAAGUGGCCCCGAAGCUUGCCAUAUCGCAAGGGACUGUGGUGAUUUACAGUUGAGCGUGGUCAAUUAGACCUGAGCCGAAACAUAACAAAAAAUAAUAUUUUAAAAUAUGUUUUUUAUAUUUUAUGAUAGAAUAUAGUAUUGUCAUCAGUAUGCCAUAAGUAUACCAGGUUUGCAGUCGAUACCACAUUGGAAAGUGGGUUAAAAUUAAGUUACAAGAUUUGAGGAUACAACAACAGAGUGAGUUAAAUAAAAGCGUGUAAAAAUAUUGUUUAAAAAUAUAUUUUUCAUUCUUUAUGAUAGAAUAUAGUGUUGUCAUCAGUAUGCCAUACGUAUACCAAGUUUGCAGUCGAUACCACAUUGGGAAGUGGGUUAAAAUUAAGUUACAAGAUUUGAGGAUACAACAACAACAGAGUGAGUUAAAUAAGAGCGUGUAGUAAAAUAGGAAGAGGUUUUAGCCUUAACCCCCCCAACCCCCCCGUUUCAUUUGAAACCUCCGGAUAUACAGAAUAUAUUUCUCCAGAUUACGCAAAUCAACAUUGCCCCGCCGUGUCACCGAUUGGGAGUGAUAAGCAGCGUUCGGUGAACUCCUGGGACGUCUUGUAGAAACGUACGAUGCAAUCAUCAUACCGUUGCGUGUCCGUGUGUGUAGUUUUAUCAAAGGGAGCGGUCGUUGUAGCGGUUAGCGCGCUGCACUAUGAACCCUGGCGACCCGGGUUCGAUUCGCGCUCACGAUCGCCAACGCCCAGUGACGAUUAUCUGAGCCGGUCCUGGGCCUCCGCUAGAUCGACUCGGCCUCAAAUGAGUACGUGGUGCGGUGUGUGGUAAACAUCGCCACUGGGGAGACAAAGGUCACUGGGCGUGGUGCUGGCCACCCACCCCCUCGUGUGCCGUGCCGGCCUUCACAGCUGCUGCUGUUCGAUAACAACACUUGCCCCUACAGUCUGUUAAGGCUACACGGGGGGUAUUUAUAGUUUAUCAGCCUAACUGCUGUCAAUUCAUAAUUUAAUCAAUGCAACACUCAGGAGAGUGACUGAUUGACAGGACCGUUGCUUAUGUACAUACGUUGAGCAGUCUUUUGCACGAAAUGGCUCCGUGGUACCAUCCCGCGAGCCCUCCAUCCGUGGGACGAAGGGUGAGGGGCGGGCACGAUGGCAGCGAUGCAGGGAGAGAGGUGGUCUCAGAAUUGUGUCCAUUGUAGCGUACGAACCGGGCGUUGUUUUGUUCACGUGGCAAACCUUACCAGUUGGAUAAUUUUUCGAUUUAAAGCUUUGCGUGACUGCAGGGAUUAAUCGUUCAGACUCUGUCUACUCGACAGACCUGCUCGCCACCUGAGGGACGGCUGCUUGCGUCGUGGCCGAAACGUCGUGAGAAUUAUUAAAUUAUGUUUUAUUUUUAUUAUUUUAUUCCCUUCUACGUGACUUUACCGAAAGAACCAGGAAGAUGAAUUGGAUCAUUGUCGGGCUUGGUGGCGGGUUUAACGACGCAACAUUUAAGUUACGUGAUCUAGCCCCCCCCCCCCCAAAAAUAAUCUGUGUUGUGGAUAAUAUUGGUUGCGAAAGGUCCUACUGCUGUCACCUGGAUUGUUCCGUGCCCGGCGCUCUGCGCAGAGCGUGGCUUCUCGUGUUCGGCCCAUCGCCAAAUCCCCCCGCGGGUUUCAACCAGCAGAACGCGUGGGGAGUCCUGGGUUUUGCAGAGACGCCCAAUUAAAAUGGCCCAGAAAUAAUUUUCUCUCGAUAAUGGGAUCAACAAUUGAGCCUGGAGCGAAUCUGAACGUGUGCACAGCAACUGUUACUAAUGCUACUGUUUUUAUUUUAGCAGGUAUGGCCACACUGCGCUAUGUAUCUAUUCUUCAGAAUCGACCUGGCCACAUAUGAUAGUUAAAUAAAGUGGCUUACCACGUCAAAAUUCAUAGCAGCCAAAUACUCUAAAAACACACGGUGAUGUUGAUUCUAAAUGUGGAGGGAAAAACUGGAGGACCCGGAGAAAAAUCCACGCGAACACAGGGAGAGAGACGCACGCACACUCCAAAUAUACAGCAGCAGGCGUCGGAGUCGGGAUCGAAUCUACGACUACCUGUAUACCAGGCGAGGUAGUUAACAUCUCCCAGCCACCGUGGCGAAAAUUCAGUGUUUAUUUUUGCCCUGGAUCACCCUGACCCACAUUGUCAUUCUGAGCGAAAGCCAAGCCUAGUGAGCACAGCUAUAACACUGGUUAACACUUUUUCUGGCAUGAGGUAUUCCAACGGGUGUAAGGUGAUUUUGGGGUGCUGAUUCCAAAUCUGGCAUCAGUUUUUGUCUAUCACAUCAGGUUUUUGAGAUAUCAAAUAUUGCAUUUUCAAUCAAAUCUGCAGAAGAAAAAUAUUAAAUAAAUGUGGAUAUCUACAUAAAAUUAUAUUAUAAACACACUAUCCUAAAAAUACAGCACCAUAUUUUAACACUAAAGCAGUCACUGACUCGCAACAACUUGCAAUCAUAAGUGACAGAGUUAAUUUCGGGUAAAAUCAAUGAAAAUGGGGUAUGCCGAUAGCAUAAAAAUGAGAUGUGAUAGAGCAAAUCUGAGAUCAGAUUUGGAAUCAGCACCCUGAAAUUAGUCUAAAAGAGCUACAAAAGUCCAGGCCAGAAAAAAAAUGUUUUUUAUUGUUGACCAGUAUAAUCUAUCUUAAACAAGCACUGCCUCAUGACAAGAUCGCAUUCUUGCCCAAUCAAGCUCAGUCCAGGGGAUACAAAACAAUCUUGGCUCUCACCGGGCAACACCGCGCGUCGCCUCUCCGUCGCGAGCGCUCGCAUCUCCCGAGCGCCGCCUCGACAGCUCUCUGACGUGAAUGUUUUGGCUCCUGAACACAAGGCCUCUCCCCCAGAGGUCGCAACCGGGUACCCGAUACCCGUACCCUACCCGAUACCCGGCUACCCGGCCGGGUACGGGUACCCGUUUGCGACCCUGGUGCGGCCGGGUACAGGUACGGGUAGGUCGUGAGUCACUGGUGAGUCACCGUUUGUCACUCAUUUCGGGUAGGGUACGGGUACGGGUAGGGAACGGGUACCCGGCCGGGUACGGGUACCCAUUUGCGACCCUGGUGCGGCCGGGUACGGAAUCAAAACCCGUUUGCGACCUCUGCUCUCCCCCCCCCGUCCCCACCCCGGCUCGUGGAGCGGAACGUCGGACAUCGUGCCCCCAACGACACGCACGGCGGCAGCACGACCGCGGAAACAAAACUCCCAACGACGACGAUCCCAGACUUGGCCCUGUCGCGAGCGCAUCGGUCAGGGCUAAGGGUGGCGGGGGGGGGGUGAUGAUUCGAGUGGGGUUCUUGGUGGCCAGUCUGACUGCAUUCUUUCUUUGCCAGCAGAGUUGGUCAUCCGCUGCCUGUUGGGAGGGGGGAAGGAGGGCAUGCUACGGUGCAUGAUGUUCGUGGUUUAGAUCCCGACCCUGAUGCCUGCUGUCUAUUUGGAGUUUGCGUGUCUCUAUCAUCAUCAUCACGGUGGCUAGGAGAUAUUAACUCCCUCGCCUGGUAUGAAGGAGGGCAUGGGUUCGAUCCCGAUCCUGACAACGCCUGCUGUUGUAUAUUUGGAGUCUGCGUCUCUCAUCAUCAUCACGGUGGCUAGGAGAUGUUAACUACCUCGCCUGGUGUACAGGAGGUCGUGGGUUCGAUCCCGAUCCUGACGACGCCUGCUGUAUAUUUGGAGUCUGCGUCUCUCAUCAUCACGGUGGCUAGGAGAUGUUAACUACCUCGCCUGGUAUACAGGAGGUUCAUGGAUUCGACCCUGACGAUGCGUUGCUGUAGUAUUUGGAGUUUGCGUGUCUCUCUCAUCAUCACCACGGUGGCUCGGAGAUGUUAACUACCUCACCUGGUGUACAAGAGGGCGUGAGUUCGAUCCUGACCCUGACGCCUGCUGUGGAUUUAUCUCUGCGGGUCCUCCGGGUUUUCCCUCCACAUUUAGAAUCAACAUCACGCGUUGAGAGUAUUUGCUUGGCUUCUGCUAUACAAUUCCACACGAUGAUGAGCCACUUUCUCUGAGCUAUCAUUUGUGAUAGCCAGAUGGCUUCUCGCAAAGAACUACAUCGUUCAGUGGGGCCUUACCUGGUAAAAAAAAGAUAUAUAAAUUUCGAUUUAAAGCUUUCGUGACUGCAGGGAUUCAUCUUCUUGGUUCUUUCGGUAAAGUCACGUAGAAUGGAAAUAAUAAAAUAAUAAAAAUAAAACAUAAUAAAAUAAUUAUUUCUUCAGACUGUCUACUCGACAGACCUGGUCUUCACCUGAGGACGGCUGCUUGUGUUGUGGUCGAAACGUCGUGAGAAUUAUUUAGUUUUAUUUUUAUUAUUUUAUUAUUUCCAUUCUACUUGACUUUACCGAAAGAACCAAGAAGAAAAAAAAUAUAUAGUUUAUUUGUUGUUUUUAAUCACGAGAGAUUGUGCAAAGAAUGUACACACAAGAUGCACUUAAUAAACAUUUCACUUUAAACUAUA